UUUGUGUUAGCAGUACUCAUCCAUCAGCUUGUUGAAACGACAACAUGGCAUACCAGUUUGUUCUCUUCGUUGCUUUGGUAGCAACCGCUCGGGCCAGCGUAGUAGGCGUAGCACCCACCCUCCUCCAAUCAGCCCCCGUAGUAGCCGCCCCCCUAGUCAAAACCGUGGUCGCCGAACCUUACGACCCCAAUCCCCAGUACUCCUACGGUUACGACGUCCAGGACCCCUUGACUGGAGACAGUCACGGACAAGUCGAAACUCGCGACGGCGACGUCGUCAGAGGUUCUUACAAUCUCCUGGAGGCUGAUGGUUCAAGGAGGGUAGUAGAUUAUACCGCUGAUCCAAUCAAUGGGUUCAACGCUGUCGUCUCCAAGCGGCUACCAAUCCCAGUAGUGACAAAGGUGGCUCCAGUUGCUCGUCUAGCUGCUCCAAUUGUUCCAGUAGCGCCAAUUCCUGCACCAGUUCUGCGCAGCGCCCCAGUUGCUGCUGCUCCAUGGGAAGGUGUUCCAAUUCUUCGUUCUGCGCUUCCUGUUGCUCCUUGGCAAGCAGCGCCAGUGGUGAAAUCUGCUCCUUUGUGGUAAAUUGGUAGGCAAUUGAGAGUUUGUAUAUAGUCUUCUCUAAAGCAGUUGUAAAUAAAAGUAACUUAUUGCAAAGUAUA